AUGGAGGAAGAGACACCCACGCUCCGCAGUAUCGCCAUUGGCGGACCAACCGCACUACCACCCCUCUCUAGAUCCUUUGCCUUGCCUGGAAAGCUUCCAAGCCGCCCACUGCAUCAUCAUGAGCAAGCAGCCGCAGCAGCACCCCAACAACCCAUUUCCGUACAACACUGGACUGUGGAUUCCAUGCUCCCAGCCAUCUCGGCAGAUUACAUGCUGGAACGCACCAAUGUUUACGUGAAUAAUAGCUCGGCGCAACAAGUCGCAGACCGCAUUGUUGAGUGUUUGAGCCGUCAAUCGCUCUCCUACAAGGAAUCGGAUGAAAACAAGAACUCUUUACUUGGAGAACGUCACUGUGGAUUAAGAUUCUAUCUGAAUCUCUUUUUGGAUUCUCAAGAUUCUUCCACCAUCAUCCUAGAGGUGCAACGGCUCACUGGUUGCUCCUUUGCCUUCCAACAAGUUUGCCGUGAGGUCUGCCGUGCUGCCAAGGGAUUGAGCAGCUCAGCACCUGCCAUGCCACGCAAGUUUCCAAUGCCCAGUGGUCUUCCUCGUGCCUCUUCUGGUGAAAUUGCCAUGCGAUUCGAGGAGGAAGUUGCUCGCGCUUUGGAUAUGAUUUCUAGCCCAAUGGUGGAUUCUCAACUCUUGGGAAUGGAACUAUUGGAAGGAGUCUCCAAGUCUCCUCUUGCUGCUCCUUUCAUCCUCAAGGAGAAUAGCCUUGGCAUGUUGAAGGAACUUGUGGUUUCACCUGCGGAGGAUGAUGAUCAAGUCCUCUCGGCACUUGUUACCAAGCGGGCACUGAGGAAAAAGAGACAAGCACUUUCCAUUAUCGCAAACUGCCUUGCCCACUCGGAAUUGACUGCUACUACUGAUAGCCUCCAUUCGGAGAUUUUUGUCGAAAAAGUCUUCCAAUGCCUCAAGCAAAUAGAAGAUCCCCACUGUGCCACCCAAGCUGCACGCUGCCUACAUUCCUUGGCAGCCUCCAGACAGAGCACGAAAUCCUUUAUAUUGGGAACUUUGGAAUUGUCACAAGUCUUGGACAACCUCCAAACGAGUCAUCACUUGCUUUUGAAACAAGAAUGCGCCAAGCUCCAAAGCGUGUGCUAA